ACUGUAACAGGGUGCAGUGAUAUGAGUGAUUCACUCGAACUUAUCAGUAUUUAGAAUAGUUAUUCGCAUGAAUAACUAACGUUGUGUGCCUUUUUAUUUUGUCUUUUUGUUUUAAAAGUUGUGUUUACCGGCGGGAUGUUGGGAAUGUUUAUGUAUAUGCUUGAAGCGCGGAAGGAGUUGCUGGUGGGGCUGUCAUUAUCUGUAUUGUACAUAACCUAUUAUCUAGUGGAAGUAGUCAAGAGGCCUUUACUAGUAUGCGGUCCAGGAGCACUACGGUCACUACUCGAGCAAGAUGUGCCCCUACUACAAACACCGUACUGGCCAACCCCAUGGUGCGUGGAAGCACGCUUGCAAACUGUCCUGGGGUCUAUACUGCGCUCACUAUUGCUGCCACACGCGCGGUAUCGCCGUGAGGUCUUAAGGCUAGCAGACGGCGGGCAAGUAGCCCUAGACUGGCUUGAGAACUCAGCAGGCCCCGGCGCGCCAAUAUUACUAGUGCUGCCGGGUCUAACAGGCGGGUCACAGGCGGAUUAUGUGCGCGCACUAUGCGCCGCUGCAAGGCAGCUCGGCGCGCAAGCUGUCGUGUUCCAUUAUAGGGGCCUAGGCGGGAUUGAACUCACGACACCGCGCCUAUACUGCGCCGUAAGCCACGAGGAUUUAGCCGAAGUGGUGAACGCCGUGUCCGAACGGGCCGGGGACGCGCCUGUCUUGGCUGUUGGUGUGUCUCUAGGGGGACUUAUACUGGGACAGUACUUGGCAGCAGCGGGUGACCAGGCUAGAGUACACGCGGCGUUGGUUGUGUCUUCACCGCUAGACGUUGAACGAGGUUCAGAAUGUAUGGAGCGCGGCCUAAACGCCCUCCUCUCCCGUCACAUGGCUCGUAACCUCCGUCGCACCGUCUGCUCCCACUCCCUAGUAACAGCCGGAUCUGAUGAGCACGCUCGUGUAGAGAACGCUACAUCGGUCCGGGCGUUUGACGCGGCCUUUACUACCCGCCAUUUUGGAUUUGGAAGCGUCGAAGCGUAUUACCGCGCGGCUACGUUGAGAGACAAGUUAGGAGCUGUUAGAGUGCCGUUGCUGUGUUUAUGUGCUGCUGAUGAUCCGUUUCAGCCGCUCGAAGUCCUCCCGCUAGCCGAAGUCGCCGCCUCCAAGGCUGUAGCCUUAGCGGUCCCUGCUCGCGGCGGGCACAUAGGCUUCCUAGAAGGCUGGUGGCCCGCGGGUCAAGACCAGUACAUGGCCCGCGCAGCGUUCCAAUACUUCUCCGCUUUACUCCGCAACCCAGCCUUACUCCACACUCCCCCGAAGACCAAGAUUGAAGAUGAGGAACAAAUUGAUAAGGCCUGCUGAUUGUAGAGGUAUAUGACAGUAUUAAGUACAAAGCCAGGGCGCUGCUUCGUUAGGUAUGGGACGGUUUUCUGAAAUAUUUGAGAUGAGACAGGGCGUCAUUUGUUUGACGUUUUUGUAAAAAUGGCGUCAAGAGUCUAAUCACUGCAUAUAAAUAUACAUUUGUGCCGCUCAUUAUACAAAAUUAUAGCAGUCUUGAAUCUAGCUUUUGUUAAUUCAGUUAGAUUUAAAUUUCAUCGAAUCUGGAGUGUGCAUCGUAAUGGACAUUGGGCGGCAUGAGGAUACAUUUUCUUGUAGGUAUCUAAAUUAUAGAUACAAAUCUUAUAAUAAAAUCUUAAGAGUUUCCGAUAAUUAUUCCAAAAUAUCCAAAUAGGUACCUACUAAACAAAUUUUACAACAUACACAAUAGAUUUAAGAAUUUUUGCGUAGUUGUAUAGACAAAACUUGAAAUUAAAUAUUUACUAAGUGCUUUAAACUAAUUGGAUAUUUUGGAAAAUUGAAUAUUCUAGAAUAUAUUUCAGUAAACCGCUCCCUCGUGCCUUACGGUCGGACCACGACAUUACGCUACCCGCUGUCGCUUAUCGCUGACGCUCGUAGCUGAUAUCGUGGCCCGACCUUUAGGGAAUUCAGUCUAAAGUUGUACCUAAAAUGUUUGUGAUAUUAUUGGGAAUUUAUAUAGAUACUUACUCAGAAACACGAGGUUUUACAAUGAAAUUGUCUUUAAAAUUUUAGCUUGACCGUAACAAAAUGUUAUGCUUUUUCAAGUAGUAUAAAAAUCAGAUGAGCUAGUGAUUCUGAUUGAAAAUAAAUAAUAUAACAUUUAUUUUAACUAAUGCUAUUUCAAGGUACAACUUUAAAUAUAAUUGCCUUACGCUUCGUCCAACGAGCUUCGCUCUGAAGUGCCUUUGCUCGACAUGUGAUAUUUUUUGCCGCGGCGGGACACCAUCCCGGCUUAUAGCGUCCCCCAAACGCUUCGCAGUUACUGUUGCAACGAGAGUUUAGCGUUACGAAAAACGCUUACGAUAAUAUCGUUAUCAUAGCUAGCUAUCUCUAUCGCUCUUCCGUAUUAGCGCGAGCGAGUCAGACUGCGUUUCCAUCGGCGUCGAGCGUCAACGAUUGUCAUUUCGACUACCGGCAAAAACGUUCACUAGAAUUCACCGCGUCAUAUUUUUGACAGAUUAUUUUGCUUUGAAUAUGACAAUUGUCAAUUAUAACUACUUUUUUGUGUACCUACUGCUUCGAGCAACAGGGUCGAAAUGAGCCCAAGCGAUAUUAUAACGUAUUUUUUUUUUUACACUUAUAUGUCACUUUAUAUUUAUUUGUUUUGUUCCUAUCCUUAAUUCCUACUCACUACAUAUAAAAUACUCGUACAAUCUGUAAUGACGACACACUUACGUAGAAAAAUUACACCAUACUGUACAAAUAAUUUUCAAUAGCACAAUUAAGAUUUAUUGUGGUUCAAUAUUCUACUGUUUUUUAGGUAAAGCUAGACUUUAUUUUUUAUCUUUCCACCAUUACGAAUUUACCGAACUGUCACGAUAUAUUGUAAUCCAAUUUCACAAACUCUCGUUGCGACACGUAAAAUAUCAAUUGAUUAUACUAAUUAAUAUAUAUUAUACAACGAUCGUGUUGUGAGCUAAAGUUUUAAAAACCGGUGCUAAAUUUAGUGGCUUACUAGACUGACGAAACGUCAAUAUCAGCACGCGUUAGAUUUCUUCAAAUCUUUACAAUUUCCGUAGUUAUUAUGAACCAAAGAGCUAUUGAUUGGAAUAUCAAUAGUUUAAAUGGGCCGUCAGAUCAGAUGUGACAAGUUUUCGCACAAUUUGAUUAAGUUGUCAAUUUAAUGAGUGUGAAUGUAAAAUUAAGUUGAUUCGUCGAUCCCUUUUAGUCCGAUUGGUCAGUAAAUCAGUAAGUGCGGACACAAAAUACGGCUAAAAUUGGUGAGCAAAUUGUCAAUUUGACUGUCCUGUCUGAACUGGCCUUAAGAUCAAAAUGCUCCUAGUUUGUCAGCAUACUGCCCCAUGUUUUAUGGCAACUGCAGCGCCAUCUAACUGACAAAGUAGAGGGACGAAGUUGUUUUAACACAAUCAAUGGAUCUUUGUUGAACUGUGUAGCCUGUUAAAGUGCAAUACCCAUACACAAGCUAUUUAGGCAGUGGUCUGACCGACGGAGUAAAGCGAGUAGCGUAAAAAACAAAAGUAGUUAUUUACCUUAUUACUCUGUGAUAUCGCACUUUUUUAGAACAAACUUGUUUUUAUUCAUAUAUCUGUUAAUUAUGCUUGUUGAAAAUAGUCAAUUUAGUUAUAUUUGCUCAGCAUUCUACUUUAUCAGUCCUUAUCUUUAAAAAUAUUUACAAUUAAUACAAAUAUGUACUAAAAAGUACUCGCUAAUCGCCUGUCGGACAGGGGCCACAUGAUUUUUGGAAAUUUAGUGACCUAAAAGGUUUAAAUCCUGUACGGGUUAUAAAUUAUAAUUAGACAUAGUUUUGUUAAGUUGUUGUGUUAAAUGCUAACAAAAAUGUGUGUUUGAAAUAUCUAUUUUACAAGUUGUCGACUCUACUAGAUUUUAGAUGAGAGAAUGACUAGAGUCAGCCCAAGAGAAAGUAGCAAUGAUUUUGCUGCCUCGCCGGUGCAAAUGUUAUUUUACACGUCAAACUUCGAUGCAAUUAUGAAGCCCUUCAGACUCAGGGCUAUAAAAAUGGUUGCAAAAUUAUCUUGGUCUGACUCUAUACAUAAUUUUGUUUACUUGUUAAAACGUUACACAAAAAAUGUGUGUUUGAAAUAUCUAUUUUAUAAGUUGUCGAUCCUUGAUUCGUGAGGUUGACUAUGGCACUGGUUCCACCAAGAGUAAGCGAU